GUUAGCAAAGAAGCACAUUAAAUCCUCUCCCUUCCUCCAUGUCAGUGGAAGACGUGUUUGUUGGGGCUACAGACAUUGAUCUUUUCCCUUUACCCCCCUCUGCUUAGACACAGCCAGACAGAGCAGUCCUGCCUGUUGGGAAACUAGAGCCCUCCCGCCCACCUCCUGCUAGGGCCAAGGGAGCGGGAAAGCUGCCUGCAGCCACCCCCUCUCCCAGCAGGGGAAAGCUGGAUGCGGGGGGGAGCGAGUUUGGAACAAACCUCGCCUGCGUUUGUGGGCAGAGCUGCGAGCAGGGAAAGCUGGGAACAGAAAAGAGGCAAUUCACGCUCUCGGCUGAGUCACCGAAGUGUAUAAAAUCAAGGCCAGGCAAUCGGACCCAGGCAGAGCAGACACACGAGGCAUCAAGACUUCUGGGCAGAAACCCAUCAGAUAUUGCAAGUUAAUCAUAGACCACUUAGAAGAAGAAUGGUUUUAGGCUUGCUCAUCCUCUCUCUGCUGGUGAGAAACACAGCAUCCAGCCUGGUGAGCAGAGCAGAGCCUGCAGCAUCCAGGGAUGUCACCACCUUUUUCCAGCUGGCUCAGGAAGACUCUUGGGAGAAUGUGAAUCUCACCAGCAUGUCCUGUGAGGAUCGAAAGAACAAGACCUGGAUCACUCUGCAGCUGAGCAACAGCAGCCUGACAGCUUUCCCCGUCUGCCUCCCGGAGGCUCUGGAGACCUUGGAUCUCAGCAACAACCUCUUAGAAGAAGUGAAUGGCACAGAGAUAGCAAACCUCCCGCGAUUGCGUGUCCUCUCCCUGAGACAGAACCACCUCCAGGCAGUUAGAUGGGGAUCUGAAGCCCUCAGCAGUCUCCUUUUCCUGGACUUAAGCUUUAAUAAACUGUCAUCUGUGCCAUCAUGCCACAACACUUCCCUGCCUAACUUGAAGUGGUUGUCUCUAGCUGGAAAUCCACUGCUUGAAAUCCAGCCGCUGGCUUUUUCCUGUUACCCUCGGCUACAGUUUCUGAACCUCUCUGCAACUCUCCUUGGGCAGGAUGACAGCAGAGGAAUUAGGGAGUCUGCUUUUGCCAUCAGUGCAUCUCCCCAUGAGGACAUGAACAAGCCUGGAAACAACAUCAACAUGCUUGAUCUGAGCAGGACCUUUCUUGAGAAAAUUCAACAGGAGUGGACCAGAGACUUGACCAACCUCAGAUCACUUCACUUGACAAAGAUGUCACGAUUAAGAAGCCUCGAUACUGACUUCUUGAAGUCCAUGCCUGGCCUCCGAGAGCUGAACUGUCAAGACUCCCACUCACUGAGCUUUGUGAGGACUGAAAUGUUUGACAGUGCUCCUCAUCUGAGACUCCUCUCAUUUGAGAACUGUAACCUGAGUUCCUUUAAUCCUUGGAAUACCAAUUCAUCAGACAGCCUCAUCGUCAUCAACUUGUAUGGAAAUCCUAUGUUAUGUGACUGCCAGCUCUCCUGGCUGCUCUCCAGGCCCAACAAAGUUGUGCUGCAAAGGGAUCAAGAGACUUUUUGCAACACAAUCCAGGAAGAAUGGGGCAGACCUUCAACAUCUUUUUCAUUGCCAGAGCUCUAUGAUAAAUGCCAAUCUGUGAGAAAUGUUAUGCUACCCGAUUCAAACACAACCUCUUCUGAAAACAGUCCUCUCAGCCUUACCAGUUACAAUGCCACUACUGUCAUAACAACAACAGACUCUGCUCUGCUAACCAAAGACACUUAUACCAGCUCCCCAGUUCAGAGGAAUCUCAUGAGCACGACAGCAGGCAACCCAACUGAGCUGAUGCUUACAAAGGCCAACAGUUCCUCCCACAAGGAGGCAGUGUCUGAGUCCACGAGCAAUCUUCCUUCCUUGGCAUCCUCAACCACCUCCCUGGGUUUUCUCCAAGAGCUCCACAGUCAACCCUCAGAUUAUGGUUCCACGAGUCAAACUGAAACAGAUCAGCUAAAGGGAGAGCUCAGGACAACAGAUGCAAGCUUUUCCCAGGAAGGCCCAAUUAACCAUCCCACUCGUGAUUAUUCUACUAGAGCAACAGGAAACCUCAAUGCCACUGACCAUUCCAUCCACUCUUUUGCCACUCCCACUGGGGAAGGUACACCACAUACGAGCCUUCUGCAGCUGAACUCCACGAGGACCAAUGCUCGGCCAAAGCCCGCAUCUACCAGAUCACUGAUUCACUAUGUAGAUGAAUACGAUUACGAUGAACAGUCAACUAAAAUCCCACUGCAACAGGAAUACACAUCCUGUGACUACAACCCCUGCAGGCAUCUUCAGAAGCCAUGCAGUGAACUUCAGCGUGUAUCCCAAUGUUUAUGCCCUGGCAUGUCACAGGAAGAUGAGGUUCCAGAUCCACCAAGGCUGAGAGAGGUGUCUGAAGUUACAGACAGCUCUGCACAGAUACACUGGUGCGCCCCAAAUUCAGUUGUUCGCACCUACGAGCUGAUGCUUUAUGCCCAAGGCAACGAGGACAGACAGUUUGUUCUGGACAAUAUUUAUUCCACGGCAAGGCAGCACACUCUGUAUAAUCUGUUACCAUACACCACUUACCACAUUUGUGUGACUGCUUGGAACAAAGCAGGGUCAAGCCAGUCAACAGGUCAGGCAAUUCCAGGUAAUUCAUGUACAAGAUUUGAAACAAAACCAAGCUACAAGUCUGUCUUUGCUGCUCUGUGUGCAGCAAGUGGUCUGUUUCUCAUUUCCACAAUUAUUUUGUCUGUGUGUCUGUGUAGGGCAUGUAAAAAACCUCAGAGUGAGCAAUACGGUACACACUUAGUCUCUUAUAAGAAUCCAGCAUUUGAUUAUCCGUUAAAACUACAAACCGCUAAUUAGUUCUAGGUGACUGUUCUACACAUUCAAAGCUCACUGUCUCUUUCGCUGUGGUAUGUUUUCUUAAGACUUCCAAAAUGUCCUUCAGCAAAACAAUGAAACAUCAGACUUCAUAACCCUUAUGCUUCUAAGGGAGAGAAAAACACACAAAAAACCCCUAAAAAAGCAAUAAUGACGGCAGUCAAACAAAAACGCCUUUGGACUCUUGCUCCUGUGAUAAGCAGCAGCAAACCUGGACACUAAUGCUGAAAAGUUGUUUUUAUAAUCACCUACAAAUGUAGCAGCAUGCAUUUCACAUGGUGAUGGACUGCUUUGUCAGCCAUCUGCCUCCAGCAUCUCUCACAGAGACAGUCCACUAAGAGCCAUAAUCCAAGAUGCGUCUAGCUAAAGAAGACAGACAUUGCUUUUAUUCUCAAGUGAAGCUGGGUUUUCAAUUUCUUUUAAUGGCCAUGUGGAGAUAUUAUCCAAAAAGAUAGUAUGACUGGAAGUCACGGGAGAAAGGUCUCCUCAAUCUCAGUGGCAAGAUGCUGCGCAGAUCUAAUUCUACUAAAUAACUCCAGUGACUGCAACUGCUCAGCUCAACUUCAGGAAAAGGAAACAGGGAGACUAAUGGUUAAAAAAAGGACAGUGCAGUAUCCUUAGGGCAGAGGUAGUUGUUUUGUUCUGACUAUGUAUAACACUAUGUAUAACACAAGUGAGGCUCCCAGGCACUAUCACAAUACCAAUAUACAGACAGUGAGGGGUUUACAGCACUGCAGUAACCCACCGAAGGGGGGGAGUACAUUUGCCUCACUUUUUUUUUAAGCAGAAAUGUUUGCUCAGACCCAUCUACAGAUUUAUCAGGCUGAUGAUUUACCUCAUACAGAGGCAAAGAGCCAAGUCAUGAAACAAUGUGUAUGUUGCUGAGAUCUGAAGAACUGAAAUCCCAUCCACUAGCAGCAAAGUACACAACCAUUUUUCAAAUGUACAUUUGGGUGCUCAUUUCUGCUACAAAAAUAAUAAGAGAUGCUGAGAAUCCAAGUUCUUCAUCAGCCUUUAGCUUGCUAUUACAAUUCAAAAUGAUGUUUCUGCAAGAAGAGGUGUUUCUCCUCACCAAAUCAAAUACUUCCUACUCAGACACCUAUACGUUUGUGUUCCUGCUGCUCUACACUGCUAUGUAGAUACAAUAUGUCAAAUCCCCACAGAUCUCAGAGAGUGACAUAACAGUGUAAAAGAGUCUCUUAUCUUGUCUAUUUUGUGUGGUAUUUUUUUAAAUGCUUCCAGUAUUAAUAGAAAUAAAAUGUACAGAGUUGA